AAGCAGUGAAAACCGUAGAGUUGAUUAUAAGUGUUGUGUGUGGUGCGUGCGCUCUCAUAUUCAUAUUCAGCUAACUUAAUUAAGUAAAAACUUAAGAGUGUAACAGGCACUUUAAAUAACUUAAUUAAGUUGAAAGCACUCUGAACCUGCCGGUAAAAACAAUCCGCUCUAAAAAAUGGCAACAUCAAAUGCGACAGCAACGAAAGAUGGUGCGCCUGCAGCCACAGCGCCUGCGAAAACGUUAACCGGCAUAGUGAAACAAGUUCUCUCCGGCGAUACGGUUGUAAUUCGGGCUACCAAAGGUGCGCCACCACCGGAGAAACAAAUUACUUUCUCGCAUGUGCUCGCGCCAAAGUUGGCCCGCCGGCCCGGAGCUGGUGGUGACGAGACCAAGGAUGAGCCCUGGGCUUGGGAGGCGCGUGAGUUUCUGCGUAAGAAAUUAAUCGGCAACGAAGUAACGUUCACCUUCGACAAACCUGCCAAUUCGAACCGCGAGUAUGGUACUGUGUGGCUGGGCAAGGACAAGGAGACGGGAGAGAACGUGGUGGAAUCGAUUGUCCGCGAGGGUCUUGUUGGGGUGCGAAGAGAAGGUCGUGUUACACCCGAGCAGCAAACACUUUUAGACCUGGAGGACCAGGCACGUGGCGCCGGACGCGGAAAAUGGGCACACAAUGUUAAUCCUGCUGACAAGGUGCGCAACAUAAAAUGGUCGCACGAGAAUCCGGCUCACAUUGUGGAUAUUUAUGGUGGAAAGCCGGUCAAGGCUAUCAUUGAGCAUGUACGUGAUGGCUCAACGGUUCGCGCAUUUCUGGUUCCCGAUUUCCAUUAUAUCACUCUUAUGAUCUCGGGCAUUCGCUGUCCGGGCGUCAAGUUGGAUGCUGAUGGCAAACCCGAUCUGAGCGUGAAGGUGCCUUUUGCUGACGAGGCGCGCUACUAUGUGGAGACGCGCCUACUGCAGCGUGAUGUCGAGAUUCGACUUGAAUCUGUGAAUAACUCCAAUUUCAUUGGCACCAUUCUUUAUCCUAAGGGUAAUAUUGCGGAAUCAUUGCUGCGCGAAGGUUUAGCAAAGUGUGUGGACUGGUCCAUGGCGGUCAUGAAGACAGGUGCUGACAAGCUGCGCGCAGCCGAACGCAUUGCAAAGGAGAAGCGUCUGCGGCAAUGGCAAGACUAUCAGGCCAAGGCGCCGGCCUUCAACUCCAAGGAGAAGGAUUUCGGCGGCACUGUGGUUGAGGUUUUCAAUGGUGAUGCCAUUAAUGUUCGCCUUGCCAACGGCCAAGUGAAAAAGGUAUUUUUCUCAUCUAUACGACCUCCACGUGAUCAGCGCGCUGUAGUUGGCGCUGAUGGUGAAGAAAUUGUGAAAGCGCCGCCACGUGGCAAGAACUACCGCCCCCUGUACGAAAUCCCCCAUAUGUUUGACGCUCGAGAAUUUCUUCGCAAGAAACUGAUCAAUAAGAAAGUUCAAUGUAAUCUGGACUACAUUUCACCACCGCGAGAGAACUUCCCGGAGAAACACUGCUACACCGUACUGAUUGGCGGUCAAAACGUGGCCGAGGCAAUGGUGGCUAAAGGUUUAGCAACCUGUGUGCGUUACCGACAAGACGACGAUCAACGAUCGUCCGCUUAUGAUCAGCUCAUUGCAGCCGAACAGCAGGCGAGCAAGAGUUUGAAGGGCUUACACGCCAAGAAGGACAAUGCCACGUUGCGCGUGAAUGACCUCACUGUCGACCAUUCCCGCAUCAAGGUACAGUAUCUGCCCUCUUGGCAGCGCGCUCUGCGCACCGAGGCCAUUGUAGAGUUUGUUGCCAGCGGCUCUCGCCUACGUAUCUACGUGCCCAAGGAUAGCUGCCUUGUCACGUUCCUCCUAGCUGGCAUCUCGUGUCCUCGAUCCUCACGCCCCGCCCUCAAUGGUGUGCCAGCACAGGAAGGCGAACCCUUCGGCGACGAAGCAUUAACCUUUACCCGCGAGCGAGUACUGCAGCGCGAUGUUUCCGUUCACAUUGACACCACCGACAAGGCUGGUUCCUCUGUCAUCGGCUGGUUAUGGACAGACAGCAACGUCAAUCUCUCUGUAGCACUGGUCGAGGAGGGUCUGGCUGAAGUGCACUUCAGCGCUGAGAAGUCCGAAUAUUAUCGCCUCCUGAAAAGCGCCGAAGACCGCGCCAAGGCCGCAAAGAAGAAUAUCUGGGCUAAUUAUGUUGAGCAGGUGCAGGAGGAGAAGGUCGUUAUUGAGGAGGAGAAAGACGAGAAGACGCCAGUUGAGCGCAAAGUCAACUACGAGAAUGUUAUUGUUACCGAAAUUACCGAGACACUGUCUUUCUUCGCGCAGUCGGUGGAGAACGGUCCAAAGCUAGAGACACUAAUGAGCAAAUUGCAUGCAGACUUCCAAGCUAACCCGCCUAUUGCUGGAUCCUAUACUCCAAAACGUGGUGACUUGGUCGCUGCCCAGUUUACUGUCGACAAUCAAUGGUAUCGUGCCAAGGUUGAGCGCGUUCAGGGCAGCAAUGCCAGCGUCCUAUACAUUGACUAUGGUAACAAGGAGACCCUGCCCGUCAGUCGCCUGGCAGCUUUGCCGCCCGCCUUUAGCAGCGAAAAGGCCUACGCAACGGAGUACGCUCUUGCUCUGGUCACACUGCCCGCGGACAACGAAGACAAGGAGGAAGCCCUGCGCGCCUUCUCGGACGAUGUGCUUAACCACAAGGUGCAGCUCAACCAGGAGUUGAAAGUAUCCGGCGGCCUCAAUCUUGCAACACUGCACGAUCCCACCACCAAGACGGACUUCGGAAAACAGCUAGUGGCUGAUGGUCUGGUGUUGGCAGAAAAGAGGCGCGAACGCAAGCUCAAGGAUCUGGUGGAGCAGUACAGGGCCGCACAGGAGGCUGCUUUGGCAGCGCAUUUGGCCAUAUGGAAGUACGGCGAUAUCACACAAGAUGAUGCGCCCGAGUUCCGCUAGGAGCAGGUGCACAGCGUGGAGUAGGACGCGGCGCAGCGUGCCGAAUUGAUUAUCUGCCACAUACCCGCCCUUUAUAUUAAAAACACUACAAACAGAAGAAGAAGCAACAACUUAAUGAUUAUGAAAUUACUAAUUCUAUACAUACACCAUAUACAUAUGAUGCAUAUAAUAUAUUCGCAUAUGAUAAAUUGAAGCGACAGCAAGGAAAGAACUCGAACACAUUUUUUGUAUGCUUUAAGAGGUAGUAGAAGACGCAAAUUCUACUUUAUGGAUUUCAAAAAACUGAGAAUUGGUUAUACAAAUACAAAACUAGCCGCAAUUUAAACUUUUUUGUAAACGAUACCGUAGCGAUAUACUUACAUAUAUACACAAACUUCCAAGAAAGUAGAAUUAUAGCGUUCAAAUUAUAAAAAGUUAUACUUUGUAUGCACUCCCCAACUCUGUUCCAUUAUAUUUUAAAAUUUGCUGAUUUUAUGUUAUGGUACAUGUUUUUUGCAUUAUGAUUAAAUAAAAUAUAUCUUUAAAAACAUUUUUUACAAAAUAAAACCAGAACGCCUUGCAAUUAAAA